GUUCUCAUGAGCUCAAGCUUUUUGUUACGUUUUUAACAGCUUAUGUUCAAUAAUGUCGAUGAUCCUCAAAUCUUCCACUAAAAGACAUUGCUUCCAUCUUCGUCUUCUUCCUCUGCCCAUUGAAAUGGACGCCUGAUUUCAUCUUCGUCUUCGUAAACUUGUCCUUCUUCCUCCUUUUUCUCUCUGUAAUUCAGGUUUUUCUUCCUCCCUUUCCAAAUCUUACUCUGUUUCUGUAAUUGGACCCUUUUUUUGUGCUGGAUUCAAUUUGUGGACGGUGUUUUUCAUAGUUUUGUUUACUGUUUCUUGAUUUCUUAGUCGCCAAGUUUAAGGGAACUGAUUGAAAUCCAUGGCGUUUCAUGAGAUUCAUUCGUGGACCUUGUCUGGUUUAGUCAGAGCUUUUAUUGACCUAGCUCUUGUUUAUGUUCUUUUGUGCGUAUCGGCUACUGUGUUUAUCCCAUCAAAGGUUUUGAAAGUAGUUGGGUUGUGCUUGCCUUGUCCUUGUACUGGAUUUUAUGGGAAUCGGAACUUUAAUUUGUGUUUGCAUAGACUGCUUGUUAGUUGGCCGAAGAGGAAGAUUUGUCUGGUGCUCGAAUUGGUGAAGGGUAGGUUUCCUUUUGAUUUGAUUUUGAUCGAUGAUCAAAUGGAUAACACGAAUUGGAGUUCGUUAAUGGAGAAUCAUCAUACGGAUGGAAUUCCUAAGGCUUGCUGUAGUACAUUAUCUGGCCCAGGAUUUCAGAAUUCGAUUCAUAAUGAUAGCGAACACGACGGUAAAGGUAAGAGGAUUAUGUAUCGGAGGCCGAGGACUAAAAUCCGACGACAGAGAACUGCGGUUGAGGAUGUGAAAUUGUCCAAGGGAAUCUGUGAGGGGGAUGAAACUAGAAAGGAAAGGGAAUAUGUGGCAUUGGUUGAGAGACAAGAAUUUGUUCCAGAUGAUAGUAAUGAAUCAAAUCACGUGGAAUUGAGUGAAAGAAACUGGCAAGGCUUUGAAUCAAGUGGUUCAGUUGGCGAAAAUGAUUAUAUGAAUAAAGGCUCUUCCACUAUAGGACAAGGUACCAGUAACACUCAAGAGAGAGACAUCGACAGAAAUGAAGUAAGCUGUAUUAGAUUGCUGGACCAAGCACACGAAGAAACUGCUCGAGCAUCUCUGUUUCUGGAACUAGAGAAGGAGAGAGCUGCUGCUGCUACUGCUGUAGAUGAAGCAAUAGCCAUGAUCACACGUUUGCAAAAUGAGAAGGCGUCGGCUGAAAUGGAAGCAAGACAAUAUCAGAGAGCAUUAGAAGAAAAAAUUGCUUAUGAUGAAGAAGAGAUGAAUAUCCUCCGAGAGAUCCUUGUCAAGAGGGAAAUAGAUUAUCAUGUUCUGGAGAAGAAAAUCAAAGCUUAUAGACUGAUGGAUCUUUCAGAGAAGGAACAGUUAAAAAGAAAGUGGGAUUUCAUAUUGGAUGAACGUAAAGAACAGUCUGCUACUACCCAUUCAAAUGCUAAAGACAAUGAACUGAGGGAUUGUGAUUUGAAGAAAAGCUUUGUUUUCUGUGGGGUACGGCCAGAAAGUAUGGAGCACAUCGAACACGCAGUUAAUGAUCUAGGAAGUUCCAUUCUUGAUAUGGAAAUAAGUGUUCAAGAUAUUCAUAUGAUUGACUAAAAACUCCACAUGGAAGACAUAAAA